AUGGCCUGGAACAUUAGGGGUUUGAACCGACCCCUGAAACAAAGUGAGGUUCGUGUUCUUGUAGCUGAAAAUAAUUUAAAAGUUUGUGCUAUCUUAGAGUCUCAUGUGGAAGUUACGAAACUGGUUAAAGUUUGCAAAAAUGUGUUUAGAAAAUGGAAUUGGACUUCAAAUGGUGGUCAAUGUAGUCGAGGCACUAGAAUUAUUUUGGGUUGGGAUACGGAUUCGGUAGAUCUCAUGGUUUUGGCACAAUCGGAUCAAGUGAUACAUGUUCAACUGAUUUUCAAGGCCGAUAAGAAAGUUCUCUUUGGCUCGUUUGUGUAUGCCGAAAAUAAGUAUCAGGAACGGAGGGCCCUAUGGGAUGAUCUAUGUAAGCAUAAUAGUCUGUGUUAUAAUAAGCCCUGGUUUGUGAUGGGGGAUUUUAACACGACUCUUUAUCAUGAGGACUCGCUUUAUGGGCCUUCGAAACAUACAAUAAGCAUGAGGGAGUUUAAUGAAUGUAUUCAGAAGUUGGAGCUGUUUGAUAUCAAAGGGCACGGCCUUCACUAUACUUGGACUCAAAAACCAAAAAAUGGCGUGGGGCUCUUGAAGAAGAUUGAUCGGGUUAUGGGUAACUUUAAGUUCCUUGAGAUUUUUCCAGACGCUUAUGCCAUGUACCAGCCGUAUAGAGUGUCUGAUCACUCUCCGUGCAUUUUAAAGACGAACAUAAGUGUGGCAAAUCGUGCUAAACCGUUCAAAUUUCCUAACUUUAUUACUGCCAAGCCUGAAUUCAGAAAGUAUGUUGUCCAGGAAUGGUCGAAGAGCAUUGAUGGAGUUCACAUGUUCUCGGUUAUGAAGAAACUAAGGAGCCUAAAGCCGAAUGCAAGAUGUAAAAUUCAUAGUAUUGUGGAUGCUUCGGGUAAUCGUCAUGAUGGAGAUGGAGUUGUGGAUGCAUUGGUUACGCGUGAGGAGAUUAAGCAGGCCAUGUUCAGUAUUAGUGAAAAUAAAGCCCCAGGUCCUGAUGGGUACACAUCAGCCUUUUUUAAACAUGCGUGGGAUAUAGUGGGUGAGGAGGUCACUAAUGCGGUGUUGGAUUUCUUUGAUAAUGGUCAGCUGUUGAAACAAAUAAAUCACGCGAUUCUGUCAUUGAUUCCAAAGAAAGAUACGGCGGAUUCAGUAUUGGACUAUCGUCCAAUUUCUUGUUGCAAUGUUCUGUACAAGUGCAUAAGUAAGAUUAUCACGGAGAGAAUAAAGGGUAGCCUGGAGUCGUUUGUGGGGAUUAACCAAUCCGCUUUUGUGCCGGGUAGGAAGAUAUCUGAUAAUAUCCUUCUCACUCAGGAGCUCAUGCACAACUACCAUCUCAAUAGAGGUCCCCCGAGAUGUGCCUUUAAGAUUGAUAUCCAGAAAGCAUAUGACACGGUGAAUUGGAGUUUUUUGGAGGUGGUACUUCAGCGUUUUGGCUUUCAUAAUAAGAUGGUUAAGUGGAUCAUGACCUGUGUAACCACUGCUUCUUAUUCGGUCAGUAUUAAUGGUGAUAUCCAUGGAUAUUUCCCAGGAAAACGUGGCCUGCGCCAAGGGGAUCCCAUGUCGCCUUACUUAUUCACGCUUAUCAUGGAGGUGCUCUCUUUAUUGCUUCAAAAGGCGGCUGAAUCUUCGUUUAAAUAUCAUGCUCACUGCGCUAAGCAGAAAAUCAUUAACGUCUCAUUCGCGGAUGAUUUGUUUAUUUUUGUUAAUGGUGACAUCAGCUUGGUUAAGAAGGUUAAAAAUGCUCUUGAGUUGUUCACUAGUAUUUCCGGUUUAGUUCCGAGCCCUUCAAAGAGCACGGUAUUCUUGUGUAACGUCCCUCCAUCGGUUCGUCAACAGAUUCUGAGUGUAAUGCCCUUUCAACAAGGUGUUCUCCCUAUUCGGUAG